UUCAACAAAGAGCAUUAAAAUAAAUCAGUCCAAAUAAUUAUUAGCAUGAUAUGGUAUUUCAAAAUAAAAUUCAUUGUUCGAUAUUCUUUUUUGUUUUGUGAAUCGCAAAAUAACAUUUGAAAAUGAUUGAAACCUGCCCAAAAAAGCGUAUGGUGUUUGCAAUAACUUUACUAACAAUAGCUACAGUAUUUGUAUUAAUCGUUGAGUCACGUUGGACAGAAUCUCCACGUCGCAACUUUAUCAUUGAAUACAAUUCAACGUGUUAUACGCACGAAGAUUUUGAAAUAAUACACGACUGUCAUCCGUGCACAGAUUACGAAAUAGCCAGCAAAAGUCAAGGAGUGUGUGUGCACACACACAACAAAGAAAUAUUACGCUGUAAAAGUGGGGAAACCGUCUCCAGAAGUUGUGACAAAGUUGCUUGGAUUGACGAACGAAAUUUUUGGACGUUUGAGGGAAUUUUGAUUGUUGUUGGUGCCCUAUCAACAGGUGUAACAUUUUUGCGACAACGAUCUUUGGAUCGUAAGGUGAUGCUCAAAGUUCAACGACAACUAGAGCAAUCGGUUUGAAAACGCGUUAAAACAGAAAAACACGCAAAAAAAUGUGUUCCAAAUUAUAUUUGGAAACAUUCUCCGAUACCUGUGAUGAAACUACGAUAAAUG